UCAGUGUUCUCCCGAGUCGUAACUUUUUCACCAGCUAAAAGUGGAUUCGCUACUGCGGUGUUGCGAAGAGUUUUACUGAAUUUCCACCCUUUUUCGACCAAGAUGCUGACGAACCAGAUCCAGCAGGCCGCCCGUAUGUUGGGAGCUCAGGCUCGCCGCAACUACGGUGUUAGCGCCGUCGUCCUGUCGAAGGCCACCGAUCCGAUUCAGCAGCUGUUCGUCAACAAACUCCGCGAUUACCGGAGCAAGAGCGCCGGUGGCAAGCUGGUCGAUGCCACGCCCGAGAUCGAGCGCGAACUGAAGCAGGAGCUGGAUAAGCUGGCCAAUCAGUACGGUGGCACCGGCGGUGUCGACAUGACCACUUUCCCUACCUUCAAAUUCGAGGAACCCAAGAUGGGCCCCAUCAACUCCAGCAGUGCCUAAAAA